AUGAGGGUGGAUCGCAGCAUGUACCGGAUGAUGCAUCUUUGCAUCAUCGGUCUGGCGCUGUUUGCUUUUACUCUGGCCUUGCCUUCACCAACCGAAAUCCAAGACCCAUCGACAUCAAUUGACGGUGGUGUCCCGCGUUUGGAGGCUCGCGAUGCCAAGCCAUUUGCUCUCCGUAUCAUGCCUCUUGGGGCUUCAAUCACGACUGGCUUGAAGUCAAGUGAUAAGAAUGGAUACCGGAUAUGGAUACGUGAGCAGCUUCGACACGCUGGAUGGGAGGUGAACAUGGUGGGGUCCCUUAAAAGUGGAACCAUGAGAGAUAAUGACAACGAGGGCUGGAGUGGAUGGAUCAUCGACGAGGUUGCCCAAGAGGCCGAGAAGACGAUCCCGAAGGCCCCAAAUCUUAUUUUGAUCAAUGCUGGCACGAACGAUGCCGUGAAAGACAUCGAUGUCGAUAGGGCGGGAGAGCGGAUGAACGUGUUGCUCACUCGUCUGUAUGAAGGUAUACCGGGGACGACUAUCAUCCUAUCAACGUUGUUAUCCAACGGAGAUCCCAAGGCCCAAGCCAACGUCUUUAGCGAGAUGAGUGACUUUAUCAAGGUCAGCGAGCUGGUAGAUGGAACUCAUCCCAAUGACUUUGGAUAUAAGAAGAUGGCCUCGGUAUGGUGGGCCGCAAUCCAAGAAGCGGAAUCAGCCAAGUUCUUGUCAAAGCCCAAGGACAUCGGGGAGAGCGAUUGGGCUUAUACGACUUGUGAGAAGAAGUUCGGCUCAGGUAAUGACGGUGGCAAAGUCCAGACCCAACGCGGCAGUGGUUGGGACGAUGGCGAUUACAAGCAUAACGCCCAGAGUAUGGGCCGUAUUAAGCAGAUUGGGAUUACCGGCUCCAAGGGUGACACCCAUCCUGGUAUCAACUAUGCGCAGUUAGUAAACCAGGGAGGUGCCCACCGUGAAGGGGCCCUCGAUGAGCUGGUUUGGACUCGUGAUGGAAAAGGAACCUGGAUGUACCCGAAUAACAAUAAUGGCAAGUUCGGCGAGCCUGUCAAAAUUGAUGUCAAAGACAACUGUCUUGCGCGAGGUGUACGCUGGGGUGACCUAAACAACGAUGGGCUCGACGACUUCAUUUGCAUUAGUAGGGAGGGUGCUAUGUAUGCAUCAAUGAACCAAGGCGGGAGUCCUCCCCAGUUCAAGUACAUCGGCUUGGUCAGAGAAGCGCCCGGUGGCGACCUAGCUCAGGCGAAUGUCCGACUCGGUGACAUUGACGGCGAUGGUCGCCUUGAUUACUGCCUUGUGAAGGGAAACGGUGAUAUCCAGUGUUGGAGAAACGGUGGCCAGAAGGAUGCUCCAACAGCAGAAUUCAACGGAUACUGGCAGGACCUUGGAACCGUGUUUACCGGUAAAGGCAUGGGCGAUAUCGCUGGCGUUCGCCUGGUCGAUAUUAACGGUGAUUUCCGCGCCGACUGGCUCUGGCUAGAUGACGAGGGCAAGGUCACGACGUAUAUCAACCAGCGUGGUACAGGGAAAGGCAGCCUGGCUCCCGACUGGCGUCGCAUUGGUGUUACUCAUGCUGGAAUGGGUGUGAAGGGUGCUAGAGAUCGCAUCAAGUUCGGCCAAGUCUAUGCCAAGGGGGGUGCUGAUUACGUGUGGAUUGAGUCUCUACAGAAUGCCGAUACUUAUAAUCACUAUACAACUGUGUGGAAGAAUAUUGGACGUGGGGGCACUACACUCAAGGGCGAUGGUGACUACUACUGUGACUGGCGUGGCACUGGUGCUGAUGACUAUAUCUGGAUUUCGCCAACGGGACGGGCCUUGCUCUAUGGAAACGUCCAUAAGCCUCCAACUUGGGUGCCCGAGGGACCGCAAAUAUUCGACCUGGGUAGGGACCGCAAGGGCAUUCACCUAGCAGACUUCAAUGGUGAUGGAAAGUGCGAUGUUUGGGCUGUGAAUCGUGAGACCGGUGCCGCCGAGGUUUGGAUUAACCACUGGAAUGAGGAUACUACCAGUGGCUUUCUAGAUUACAGAGGAGUGGUGACUGGGAAUGUGAAAUGUACCGAAGGAUGGGGAGUCGGGUAUCGCGACAUUGGUGUCCGGAUGGCUGAUCUCGAUGGUGACGGCCGCGCGGAUUACCUGUGUAUGGAACCCAAUGGCCGGACAGUUGGAUGGUUGAACAAAGGCGAGAACAAGUUUGAAGCGAAGGGUCAAGUCAAACGCACGCAUGGAUACGAUCGUGCGAACCAUGUUUGGGCUGAUGUAGAUGGCGAUGGUCUUGUCGACUUCCUCUGGGUUGACAAAUUCAAUGGCAACACCAAAGUCUGGAUCAAUAAGGGUCCAAUUCCCACCGCAGGCUCCAGUUGGAAGUGGGAACUCCUCGACGGCCCUCGAUAUCAAGGCUCGGAUCGUGGGGCAAAUUUAUACUUCCCAAAUAUUGGAGGCCUGGGGCGUGCUGACAUGCAUAAUGUCAUCCCCAGAAGCAAUGUUGCCUAUACGUGGUUCAAUACCUGCCCCGGAAGCGAUAGCACCGCAGUCGACGACGUCGACCCAUCUGUAGAUCCCGACUUACCCGCAUACACGCCCCCUAAUCAACCCACGCCGACGGGCACACCUCCAGUCAGCCCGACUGCGACCGGGAUCCCCAUUGGGGAGGCUCCUGACGGUUACUAUGAACAUUGGCCCUUGAACGACAAGGAUCGAAUGGAAUCGGUCUGCAAUCACCUCGAUGAACUGGAUAAGGACCUCUGGAACAAAAACGACAUGGGUAACUGGCUGACGACUACCGCCGGUUGGUACCAGAAGCUGUCCCUCAACCCGGACCUCAAUCUGGACCCUGAUCAUCCUUUCACGUGGCCCGGCGGUCUUGCCGAUGCGCUUGCAAAGUACAACGGAAGCAGAGUAGAAGUUCCUCCUCCUUACUCAUGGGAGUGUGCGAACGUCCGCGGGAGUUGCAUUGUAGACCACUUAAAAGAUGUUGAUCCGUGCAAGGAGGGUCGAAUGUACCGGGUCCAAGCUCUAACUGCGGUACACAACUUGGCAGAGUUCCUUAAGGUUAUGUAUAGUAUGACGGAAGAAAUCUGGACAAACGCAGGGUUCAAAAACGCCGGCCUGGUCCUCCGAUACUCGCACAAGGGUGAUGAGCACACCGAGUUUGGUGAAGAUGCGGGCAUGACCAUUGGCGCCGGGUUUGCCAGCAUCAUGGGUGCGUUCUUUUUGACGCCCAUGGCCGGUGUCGCUGCCGGGGCCAUGACCAUUGGAGCCGGCGCUGUGGCUGCACUGGGUGGCCUAGCGCCAGCCGACCUGAAGUUUAACACCUAUGCAGAGCUCGGUGAGAAGUCGGCGGAGAUGCACAAUGCUAUGACCCAGGGCUUGGACGUUUUCUACAAUAGUCUGUUUUUCAAAAAGCCUCCCACCGAUCCCAGCUGGGUAACCAGCCCGACUGCUCUUCCACGCAUACUCAACACGGGAAACUUUGCUUCACAUAAGAGUGUUGUCGCGCCCACUGAUGAGGAGACGAGCAAAUAUUCCAUGGUUCCGGAGAAGGCCGGACUGGUUAAGUAUGUGGUCGCUCCGUUGAUCAACAUGCUGUGGCAAAAGGACCUGUACUAUAUUGUCCGGAUCGACAACAAGUCGAUUCGAAAUAGCAACGGCGAGACGUACCACCCCUGCGACAAGAACGGAGACAUGUUCGAAAACACCGAUACCACCAAUAUGAAAUGGUGCAAUCCGGAUGAUACGGCUUUUUUCUUUUAUCAUCAAGGGGACAAUGACCAUAUCCCCAAAGGUAUGGACAAAUUACCAGACGACUAUGGGUUCAAUGGAUACGAUGUGGCAAGAUCUUCCUAUCUUGUGCAGCGCACGACAAAUGAAUGGCAGUCCAAGGUCAACACAGACUCAUACUUCAGCUGGGUUCCCCAAACAUCCGGCAGUGAUAUUCCUGCAUGGCAAAUGAUGCGAUGGAACCUGCCAGUGUGUGAUCUUGCAGAGUAUGGCGUUGAGGAAGAGUGUGGCUCUGGGCUUUUAUGGGAUGUGUGCAUGUACUCCAUUAUCAAAGAGGUUUGUGGGAGGAGAGAUGGAUGGCCAAAGGAUUAUGAUUUCAUCAGUGGUCUCACCGGUCGUCCCCUACCUCACAAAGAAGAAGGAACUCCUUAUUCCAAGCCUCUCUCACCUGCUGAAGCCGUCCAAUUGCUUAUGGGCUAA